AUGGCAGCCGACAGGGGAAUCUUGCUGUCUAUUUUUAUUCGUAGCCACGGCUUCCGGAUUUUUGGCUUCAGCAUUUUCAAGCGUGUCACAGGCCGGAAGAACGUCGAAUUGCGAGGAUUGAUCAUUUUGGAGGACCCUGCCCAGACAGUGUUAUUCCAAUCGAUAUAUCUGAUCACCGGUAUCGGGAACCCGAUCGUUCAGAAGGUGAUGGACUACGCUGAAAUGUUUAAUAAGUCAGCCAACGCCUGCGGGAUGUGCAACGUGCAAGUAUCGUGUAGUCCGAGGUGUGAUUAUCAAGCCGGGGGAAACUCGUUCGGAGUUGUCGACCGGAUUUGUGACCUGCCAACGGAACGUCAGGCUUGCGCAAUGGGGGAUAGGGCAUAUGAUGCAUAUUCUGGUAGAUGUCAUGUGUGGCCACCAAGAGGGGUCACAUCUGCCGACUUCCUAGGUAUUCUCGUCCCCGAACCGAUUAGGAACCAAGUUUGGGCUCUAAAACCGUUGAACUGUAUCAGUAUCGACGGAAAAUGCUUUUGUUGUUGUUCUCCUUACACUCCAAACCCAUGUGAUGCUCAAUGCACGCUCCACCCCUGCUCACGACGAGCCAGUUUUUCUUCCACCCAAAUAAAAAUUCUGAGGAGAAAGUGGCUAGAAGCGAAAAAGGAUGCUGAAGACGAAGAAAAU